UACCAACAACAAUUAUAACAAAAAAAGUGGCGUUGAACGCAAUUUUUUCGAUUUGGAGAUUUAUUUGUGAUUAAUAAAUUUAUAAAUUUUACUUGUUGCUUCAAAGACAUUCUGAAAAGCAUUGUGUUUUGGAGAAUUAUGUGUAUCGAACUCACUGAAAAAUAAACCAUAGUUUUGAAGAGUGCAAAUAUUUCGGUGAUCGAAAGCACGCGCUGAAGUAGCCAGAAGAGAAACAAAACAUCCACGCUCAAGAUGGAAAACGAAGGCGAUAACGCUUUAAAUGAUUCUACGGCGACGGUAGUCAAAGGACGACAACGUCGAAUAAGAGUAUUGCACCAGAACGAAAGAGACAGAAAUCAGGAGAAUAUUGAUGAGUCGUUCAAAGAGUCAAAAAUUUCGUUGUCAGAGUCAAAUUUGGAAGAGGAAGCCAAAAGUUCGACUAAAGUCGAAGAAAAGCAAACAUCUAGAUCAAGCACACCAACUACUGUUAACUCAUCGACACCUAGAAGAAGAAAGGACCCACUAGCACAUCUUCAUUCCAACCUUAGUCCAAAGUAUAUAGGAUUUGUAACUACUACAACUAGUUUGGAUAACAGUUGCGAAGAGGGAGGAACACGAAAGACGCGACGACGAAAUAAUAUAAGUAGUAGCGCAGACACGUCUUUAACGAAGAACAACUCAGACACAGGCGACAAUAUGGCUGCCCAAUUAUUCGGAACUCAUGACACUUCACUGGGUUAUGUUCGACGUGUACCCAAAGAUGGAAACGACUCGCCAGAGGUGAGGAAUAGCAGACGAAAAGAAUUUGUCAGUCCAAUAGAGAAACUGUUGAAAAAGAAUGGUUCAAUUGUUGACGGCGAAAUGCUACCUGAUGAUGUAAAUGCCAAAAAUAACAACAAAUCAUCCAAGGAAGACUUUGAACUAAUAGAAUUAGAUCCCAAACUGGUCGAAGAAACACCCUCAGUAGACUAUGAGAAUGUAGAACAACAAUUAGAAACAAAUGAUGCUGUUACGACGAAUGAGGAUGGGCAUUUUGGGUGCUUUGAAAAUGUUAACCAAAGGCUAAAUGACGACAAAGAUUCUUCUGUUAAACAAUCAUUGGGGAGCGAUAAAGAUUCAAACCUGUCGACGUUUACAGAUGCAAGUAAUUCAACUGAACUAUUGGUCCCACAAUAUUCGAAUACUAUUGAAAAUAAUGAGACAUUAACUUGCGCCAUCAUGGUCGAAUCUCAAAGCCCUACGAAUAUUUCUGCAAAAGAAUCAUCUCUCGAUAUUCAAACUUCAGUUUCAGAGCAACUGUGUAAAGUUUCUUCUGAUUCGAACAAUAUAGUGAAUAUCAACUCUAAUAUUGGUGCUGUUUCUGGCACGGAGCCAACGGGAGAACAUAAAAAUAAUGCUGAUGCCAUUGUCAUGAUUAGUGAUAACAAUAUAGUAGAUGAUCACAUGAAAAACAUUGUUGAAAGUGACGACAAAAUAGAAAAGUAUGCCUACGAAAGUAUUGAAGGAAAAUCCGCACUAGAGACAAAAGAUCUUUCACUUGAUGGCAAUAAGAAAUCUAAGGAAUCCCUACAAAUCGAUGAAAAAGACAAAGAAGUCGAUGAAAUAGUGCAACAAACAAACCAUAGCAAAGUUGAUUUAGAAAGUGUCGACUCGGAAAGCAAUGCAGAUUUUGUCGAAACAGUUGCGGCCAAGUCACCAUCCGCUGUCAGCAUGGAUAGCGCUAAAGGAUCCUCUAUAAUAAAUGAUGGUUCCUGGAUGACGUUUUCAACAGGGGACUUAUUUUGGGGUCAAAUAUAUAACUACUGCUAUUGGCCAUGUAUGGUUUGCCCCGAUCCGGACGGCAAGUCCAUAACGACCAAAGAAAACAACAUGUCUGGCGAUCAUCACGUCAUGGUCCAUGUCCGUUUCUUCGCCGACAAUGCCCGCCGCAAUUGGGUAAGACGGGAAAAUCUAAUGCCUUUUACAACGUUACAACAGUAUCAGGAACGGUUGGAAGAAUGCCGCGAAAAGUAUGGAACCAAAAGUUCAAAAUUCAAAAUGUUUGUUCCAAAAAAGAAACAGGAAUCGGUUUGGUACGAAGCAGUAAAUGAGGCUAAUGCAGUUGCUGAAGUUCCGUACGAAGAACGCUUAGAAAAAUUUUAUGAAAUAUUUGACAAAUCCAAAAUUACACAAAAAAAUAAGCAACAACGUCGUAAAUCUAUGUAUAUACCAACGGCACGACAUUUAUCUGCGUCGGAUGGAGAAAGCUUCUAUGGAUCACAAGAAAAUGUAAAUAAUCUAUCUAUCCCAACAAAUGCCAUGAAACGUGAGCGGUCCACGUCUCCAUUUAGUCCGGCCUAUUCGCCUAUCAAAAACAUGACAGCUAAAAAGCGUAAACUGAGCGCAGACAUUGUAAUGGUGACCGAUUCUGAAGUUAUUAGUACAUCCGAUGAAUAUACCUCACACAGAGACGAUCAUGCGGCAGGUAGUAUGCAAACCUCCAAUUCUUCUCAAAUCGUAAAAGCAAGGAAAUCUCUGCAAGACUUGGAGAUGUUUAAUGGAAUUGAGUUCCAAAGGUUUUACAUAGCAAUGAAAGAUUAUGUGUUAGAGGAUAAUACAAACGAAGAACUGGACAAAAGUUUAGUUGUGGCAGUGCGUAAUAUCUGGGCUCUUAAGCAGUUAAGUCGCCAGCAAAUGCUUACGCAAUUGAGUGUUUCGCCUGCAGCUUUAACAGCAGAGUUAGAUUCUGUGGCAAAUGAUAAUGUUAAACGUCUUUCGAAUCGCUUGAGAGAUAUUAUGCUACGUAAGUCCCUUCAAUCCCAACGAUCGUCUCUGGAUCUAACAACCGACACUCCAGCAACUUCAAAACAAACCAAGGAUUCGGGCGCUAUAAUAGAAAAGCCAAAAAAGGUGGUGAAUCGUCCUAUUUUAGAAGUUGUGGAUGAUAUUUUCGAAUUGGACAGAAGAUAUCUUUUUAAAGGCAUGGGUCGUGAUCCAGUAUGUAAAUAUUGUUACAAACCCGGUGGGAAUUUGAGGAGAUGCUCGAAGAAUUGUCAUUCCUGGAUGCACAUGGAAUGCAUUACUAAGGACUUUUCUCAAAAUGGUAAAAUAAGGAAAUCGCAAAAACGUUCACUUGCCACUCCAAAGCCCGCCACAGAUUCUGCAAGUGAGGAGAUUAGCAGCAGACACUCAUCAUCUACACAAGAUUUGUCGACUACAGAAAAUAUCGAAACGACAUUGACGGCAACAUCUCAUGUCACUUCGGAAACUGAGGCUGAAGUUAUAUGCAGAGAGUGUGCCAACAAUGAGCCUAUAAAGUGCAUGGUGUGUAAUCAAACCGACUCUGGUAAAUUAGAGGACCCUCUAGUAAAAUGUACCAUGGGCCAGUGUGACCGCUCCUUCCAUCCUGCCUGUUGUAAAUAUUGGCCUCAAUCAAAAAUUACCAUUUCUAAAAACCACAUACAAUCAUUUCGUUGUCCAUCUCAUGUUUGUCAUACGUGUGUUUCUGACGACCCAAAAGGAAAAUUCCAACAGUUAAGCAAUGCGCGAUUAACGAAAUGCAUUAAAUGUCCGGCCACUUUCCACACAGACUCAACUUGCAUUCCGGCAGGCUCACAGAUCCUAACAGCUGCUCAUAUUAUUUGUCCACGGCAUGCCAGUCUUAAGCAUGACAUGACUAUCAAUGUUAAUUGGUGUUUUUUCUGUGUGCGUGGAGGUCAAGUUGUAUGCUGUGAGACGUGUCCUACAGCAGUGCAUGCACAGUGUCUGAAAAUUCCAAUAGAUCCCAAUGAGGGCUAUAUAUGUGAAGAAUGUGAGUCUGGUCGCAUGCCACUUUACGGUGAAAUGGUGUGGGCGAAAUUUACACAAUUUAGAUGGUGGCCAGCCAUUAUUUUACCGCCAACGGAAAUACCGCAAAAUAUUGCGAGAAAGCCACACAAUCCAUCAGAUUUUGUUGUCCGAUUUUUUGGUACUCACGAUCAUGGAUGGAUUUCACGACGCAGAGUGUACUUGUAUUUGGAAGGAGAUAGUUCAGAACCACCAAAGUCGAAAACGUCAAGUUUGGACAUUAGCUAUAAUCGUGGUGUUGAGGAAGCGAAACAAGUUUAUGAGAUUAUCAAAGCGAAAAAGCUUCAACAACGCACUUUAAACGAAAACAAGGAGAAGCUGCACCCCCAGCCAUAUGUACGAAUUAAGGCGAAUCGACCAGUUCCGCCAGUAAAGUUGCAUGUGGACAUGGACAGCGUCAGUAAGUGCGAUUGUGAUCCAAAUGAUGAGAAUCCUUGUGGUCCGGACACCAAUUGCCUCAAUCGUGUACUCUAUCACGAAUGCAAUCCAAAAGUAUGUCCGGCUCGUGAUCGGUGCCAGAAUCAAUUGUUUGAAUCUCGCAAGUCCCCUCGACUUGAUGUUGUAUACAUGAAGGAACGUGGUUUCGGCUUAAUAUGUCUGGAGCCUAUUAAAGCUGGCUCUUUUGUAAUCGAGUACGUAGGAGAAAUAAUCAACGAUAAUGAAUUUCGUUCCCGAAUGGCCCAAAAAUCAUUGGAUCGCGAUGAAAACUUUUAUUUCCUUUCCGUGGAGAAGGAUUACAUCAUUGACGCGGGGCCAAAGGGCAAUUUGGCACGUUUUAUGAACCACUCAUGUGACCCUAAUUGUGAGACACAGAAAUGGUCGGUGAAUUCGUUGAAUCGUGUAGGCCUAUUUGCCAUAAAAGACAUACCUGAGAACACCGAGCUAACAUUCAACUAUCACUGGGAUGAUUUGUUGGGCAAUGAAAGAAAAACUUGCUACUGUGGUUCCAAAAAUUGUUCCGGAGAAAUUGGUGGAAAAUUAAAAGAGAGUGAAUCAAAGGAGUCAACUCCUGGCGUUGACGAUUCUAACCCAAAGGUGGCUAAAGGAAAAUCUAAGAAAUCAAAAAUGAAGCCAAUAAAACGGUUACCCAAUAAAGCAACCAUCGGAAAGCGUAAAUCAACGUCGAAAAUUAAGGUAAAUGGCGUCAUGCACAAAUCAAACAAAUUGGCUUCAGCUGCUGCCCUAGCAGUCACAUCAAAUGUGCCGGAAGCAAUCGCAGACAAGGAUGAUGAUGAAACUGACAGGGAGACUACUUCCACCAAUAUUUCGCCAUCUCCAGAAGAUGCAAUUUCACGUACCUACCUAAGCCUUCGACUUAUAUUUUUCUCUUCAGUUUCCCAUUUGCAACCACUAAGGCGAGCUGUGUACGUUUUUCACAUGAUUUCUUCAAGCAUUUUAAAAGUUGAUUUUGUUACCCCUCUGACGAGAUUUGUUAGACUUUUCAUGGAGUUAUUGCUUUUUAAUUAGGUAUUAUACAACCAGGUUUACAUUUAGAAUUAAUUUAACCUCACAUAUAUCGUUAACGUAAUAGGUUUUGCACGAACAAACCAUAAAUAUAUAUUUAUAUAAUUCAACUAUUACAUUAAGAUACCGAGGUCAUCAACUUGCGUUUGUUCAUUUAUCCAAUACCUACAUAUAUCCACAUACAAUAUAAGCAUAAAUAAUCGUAUAGGAGGGUUCAUACAAUCACUGUACGUAAUUAUUAUUAUUAUUAUUAUUAUUAUUAUAUUUCACGUCGGUUAGCUGCUGUUAUACAUUCAUUUAUUCUUU